UUUUAGUCUAGUUAAACGAGUCGUACGAGCGUUGGGAUCGAAGAAAAUAACUGCGGAGAAUUUUUGAUCACUAGUGGGCGAAUGUCCCUCUUACCCUCGUCCAGCUUUAUAUAAUUAAAAGGGCUGAUAAUAGGAAGGAAAUAUGGGCAAGGAGGAUGCAGAAACGACUGCCCUGAAGAAGGAGCUUGAAGAUCUAAUCAACAAAUGUCAGGAGGAUCAGAAAAAGCAGCAGGAUGCGAAGAUCGAGGAUGCAUGUAGCAGCGUAGCGGAUGCUCCGAAGAUAAAAAUGGUUACAAAGAAGAUGCUAAAAGGGCAUAUUAAUAAAGUAAAUUCAGUACACUUCAGCGGCGACAGCAGGCACUGCGUGACAGGCUCCCUGGACGGCAAACUCAUCAUUUGGGACUCGUGGACGGGCAAUAAGGUCCAGGUCAUUCCACUGCGCUCGGCCUGGGUAAUGUCCGUGGCGUUCGCACCUUCGGGCAAUUUCGUCGCUUGCGGCGGCAUGGACAACAUGUGCACCGUCUACGACGUAAACAACCGCGACGCCACUGGCUCCGCCAAGAUAACGCGCGAGCUCCUCGGCUACGAGGGCUUCCUCUCAUCCUGUCGCUUCCUCGACGACAGCCACAUCAUCACGGGCUCCGGUGACAUGAAGAUCUGCAUCUGGGACUUGGAGGCCAAUAAGAAAACGUCGGACUUCCCAGCCCACGCGGGUGACGUUGUCAGCAUAAGUCUCGGCCCCGAUGGUAAAACUUACUUGACGGGCUCGGUCGAUAAGACCUGCAAGCUCUGGGACCUAAGGGAAGAGACGGCCCAUCAGACAUUUUUCGGCCACGAGGCCGACGUCAAUUCCGUUUGCUACCAUCCGUCGGGGAAUGCCUUCGUAACCGCCUCAGAGGACAAAACUGCACGACUGUGGGAUUUGCGCUCGGACCAGCAGAUCGCUUCGUUCAAGCCGCCCAACUCCAAUCCCGGCUUCACGUCCAGCGGACUUUCUCUCAGUGGCAGGUUUAUCUUCUGCGGCACCGACGACAAUAAUAUCCACGUGUGGGACACCCUCAAGAUACAGCAUAACGGUGUGUUGCAAGGUCACGAGAAUCGCGUGACAUCCCUAAGUGUAUCUGGAAAUGGUAUGGCAAUUGCCAGUUGCUCCUGGGAUCAAAACGUUCGAAUUUGGGUUUAAGUAAGUGUUGGUAUGCAAGUUGAGAGAAACAGCAGAAAUGCUAUCAAUAUAUGGCUUACGUAAUACAAUUCGUGUUACGAAAUUCAUAAUUCUAU